CAGGACUGGGGGUGGGUGGGGGGCAGGCAGGCAUGGGGAGGGCACCAUAAAAGCUCAGGAACCCCUGAAGGCAAAGCAGAGCAGCAGGGUUUUCCUUCAGAGACGCCGUGUGAAAGUCUGGAUGUGAGCAGUGACCAUCAUCAUCAUCAUCAUCAGCAGCAGCCAUGAAGUUUCACACCCUCGUCUUGCUUCUGUUCUUCACCUGCAUGUACCUGAGUUUGGCACAAGGAUCGUUUGAUAACUGCUGCCUUGGGUACGUGAAAAGGCUCGGUCCCGUUCAACAGAAAAACAUUGUGAACUACAGGAUGCAGGAAACAGAUGGAGAUUGCAACAUCAGGGCUGUUGUGUUUCAGAUGAGAAAGAGGCGCUCACAACAAAAAGCGCGGACCAUCUGCGCCAACCCAGAGGACCUGUGGGUCCAGAAGAAGAUGAUGGAUCUGGAAAGCAAAAACUAAGAGAAGAGACAAAGCAGCGAGCGGAGCGGCGGCUCCUCCUCCCUGCCAGGCGGCAAGCAUCAUCUUCAAGCAGACGGAUUGUGUUUCAGCUGGUUUCCUUUAGCCUAAAGAGAAUGUGAAUCAUGUCCUUGUAACACAAACUGUAUCAUCAUAUAGCCAGUACGAGCGAAUGCAUUCCUGUGAUCUACAGCGAGUUCCUGAAAAUGGACACAAGCUGCUAGAAUGAGCCAGACGUUGGCAGCUUCAAAUGUGAAUAAACGUGCGACACUUUUGUGAUAAGCUGAGUUUUUAUAUCCUAUUUUUGUAUUAGCACUCUUACUUUUGCUUUUUUUCUACAUAAAAUAAAGACAAUAUGUAAACACUG